AUGUAUCCAUCGUUUUUACUGCAGUUGUUCCUCAUUAGUAUACCACUCCUGCCAAACACAUCCGCUGAGAGUGCCUUUGUUGCCGUCACCGACCCAGUGAGACGCGCGAACUACGCCCUCUCCACCCUACAGAUAUGGUACAACGCCGGCACCGGCCUCUGGGACACAGCAGGAUGGUGGAAUAGCGCAAGCGCUAUGACAAUGAUCGGAAACUUUGUGAAGGUCGACCCAAACAAUGCGCAAUUGAGGGAUCUCGCCACCAGAAUCUUCGCAAAUACAGUCGUUCAAGCACCAGCCAGGAACCCGCAACCUGGCGUUGAGAAGGAAUCAUUGGUGGGAAGAGGGAUUGCUUACGAAAACGGAACAUUGAUAUUGAGUAACGGAACGAGAAUUGAGACGGGGUAUGGUAAAGACCUGGACUUGAGGACGCAUGAACUGCACACCAUGUACCCUGAAAAAUGGGACACUGAAGAUGGAGAAUAUGUCGAUAUCAAAUCCCUCCCCAUCUACGCCACUGCGGCGAAAGACGGGACGCAGACCGCGCUUGCCUCGCCUCCCAUCGCAGAGGACUGGCUUGAUGGCUUCUACGAUGACGACCUCUGGUGGGCACUCGCCUGGAUCAACGCCUACGACAUCACGCAGAACAUAGAGUACCUGCAACUUGCCGAGGGAAUCUUCAUGGCUGUUACGAAGGCCUGGCCCACACGCUGCGGGAAUGGAGGAAUAUUUUGGAGCUGGAGGAACAAAUACAUGAACGCGAUCGCCAACGAACUUUUCCUUUCUACUGCUGCGCAUUUGGCGAAUCGCGCAGAAAACAAGGAUUUCUAUAUCGACUGGGCAGAGCGUACGUUGACUUGGUUCUUGGACACUGGCAUGCUCAACGACGACGGUGUCAUCAAUGACGGUCUUACUGAAGGUUGUGAGAACAACGGUCAUAAUAUUUGGUCAUACAAUCAAGGCGUUAUCCUCGGCGCACUGGUAGAACUCAACAGCGCCGCCCCGAACAAAACAUAUCUCCCUCUCGCGUCAUCAAUCGCCAAAGCCGCAAUUACCGAAUUGUCCGAUUCUAAUGGCGUAAUCCACGAUGCGUGUGAACCGGACUGUGGCAUCGAUGGCACGCAGUUCAAAGGUAUCUUCAUACGCAAUUUGCAGAUGCUGCAGCAGGCUGCGCCGGAUAAAACAUUUGUCGAGACGAUUCAGAAGAAUGCGGAAAGUGUUUGGAUGAACAUUGGGAGUGAGACUAUGGGCGUGACAUUUGGUGCUGAUUGGACGAGCUCUCGGGGGGUCGCGAACGCGGCUGCGCAGAGUUCGGCGAUGGAUGCGUUGGUGGCUGCCAUUGCAGUGCAGUAA